AUGCCGGGAUAUGCCAAGUUUAUGAAGGAGUUAGUCACAAAGAAAAGGAGCUUGGAUUUUGACACAAUCGAAGUUUCCCAUAGUUGUAGUGAAGUUAUGACUAAGGAGCUAAUUAAAAAGAGAGAAGAUCCCAGAGUGUUAACCAUCCCUUGCACCAUCGGUAUGCUCCAAUUUGCUAGAGCUCUAUGCGAUUUGGGAGAAAGCAUCAACCUAAUGCCAUAUUCAAUCUAUAAACAACUUGGGUUGAGGGAAACGAAAGCCACAUCAAUGAGACUCUUGAUGGCCGACCGAUCAAUUAAACAUCUGGGGAUACUAUACGACAUCGUGGUAAAGGUUGAACGAUUCAUUUUUCCAGCUUAUUUUGUCAUUCUCGAUUGUGAAAUAGAUGCUAAAAUUCCCAUCAUUUUGGGAAGACCAUUCUUGGCAACCGGGAGAGCAUUGGUGGAUGUUGAAAGCGGAGAAUUGAAGUUUUGGGUGAACGAAGAUGAAGAAACCUUUAAUGUUUGUAACUCAAUGAAACACCCAAGUGAUAUUCAUGUAGUAUCCACUGUUGAUGUUAUUGAUAAGGCGGUGACUAGUGUGAGCCAUUUGAUGUGUAUGAGUGAACCACUUGAAGUUGUGCUUGCUAAUUAUGAUGAAUUCGAAAUUCAUGGCAAAGAAGAGGUAGUAGCUGCUCUUUUAUGCUUGGGAGGGUAUUCAAAGACUCCAUUGAAGUUGGACAUUGAUCCAAAAACUUGA